AUGGGAUCUACAGCUCCUUUCGAGCCUAUUGCCGUGGUGGGCCUGUCAUUGCGCCUACCCGGCGGCGCCAACGACCUUGACGGGCUCUGGAAGCUACUGGAAGGCGGCGAGCCGGCAUGGACGCCGGUGCCAGCAGACCGGUACAACGAAGAGGCUUUUUACCAUCCCAACGCCGAUGACCCAAACGGCACCAGUAACCACCCGGGUGGGCACUUCAUCUCGGGCGACAUACGCGACUUCGACCACGCCUUCUUCCAAAUCUCCAAGUCGCAAGCGGCCGCUAUCGACCCACAACAGCGACUUUUGAUGGAGCUCGCCUAUGAGGCGCUCGAAAAUGGCGGUAUCUCACGCGAAAGCAUCGCAGGAACAUCCACCUCUGUCUUCACGGCCAUUUUCCCAACAGACUACAACGGCCACCUGUACAGAGACCCGCUGGACCUUCCCGUCUACUACAUGACUGGCGUAGAAACGGCCAUCUUUUCGAACCGCCUCUCGCACGUGCUGGACCUUCGUGGUCCCUCUAUGACGCUAGACACAGCGUGCUCAGGCGGGUUAGUUGCACUGCACCAGGCGUGCCAGAGCCUACGGGGCGGCGAGUCGGACGCGGCACUUGUGGCGGCAUCUAAUCUAAUCUUAGGGCCCGACCACUUUAUCGGCCUGAGCAACCUACACCUACUCAGCAGCACCGGACGGUGCUACCCCUUUGACGAGCGCGGUAAAGGCUACGGCCGUGGCGAGGGCAUAGCCAUGCUGGUUUGGAAGCGCCUGGACGAUGCGAUCCGUGACCGUGACCCCGUGCGCGUCGUGAUUCGGAGCACUGUCAUCGGCCAGGAUGGCUACACACCUCAGAACAUCACCUACCCCAACGGCCAGGCACAGGCUGACUUGGUCCGAACGGCAUAUGCCUGUGCUGGCUUGCGGCCGGAGGAUGUUGCCUAUGUGGAGGCGCAUGGUACCGGCACUAAAGCCGGUGACAAAGAAGAGUUACAAGGCAUCGCUGAUGUCUUUGCCAGCACCACGGACCGCGCCGUGCCUCUCUAUGUUGGCUCCAUCAAGGGCGCUAUUGGCCACACCGAGGCCGCUGCUGGUCUGGCUGGCUUGCUUAAAGCGACAGUGAUGCUCGACCGUGAGCUGAUCCCGCCCGUCGCCGGCUUCGCCAAUCCAAAACCUGGCCUGCCCUUAGAUCGCAUGUCGAUCCCGACUACCAUGAUCCCUUGGCCGCAUGCCGUCGGCAUCACACCUCGCAUAUCCAUCAACAGUUUCGGCUUUGGUGGUGCCAAUGCCCAUGCCAUCCUCGAAAGGGGUCCGCGACCCCUUCCCAAAACAUCCGCCCACGACGCAGCCUUCCCACGUCUCUUCACUCUCUCAGCCAACAGCGCGGCAUCGAUGAAGGCCAUGAUUCAAGCCCAGCAUGACUGGGUCGAGCAGCGCGCCGAAACGCCGCUGGCUGAUCUCUCUUAUACACUCUUGCACCGUCGCUCCGCCCUGCCCUAUCGCUUCAGUGCUGUGGCUGAGGAUCGCGCCUCGCUACUAAAAGCACUCAGCCAAGGCUUCGCCACGCCCGCGAUCAAGCCAUCGCCCACCGAGCUAGACAUCGUCAUGGUGUUCACCGGCCAGGGCGCCCAUCUUCCGUCAAUCCAUCCGUGCGUCACGCGACAUCCUCCACCGGCUAGGCGCUACCUGCUCAACGAGGCGGAGCUGGCACAGCCUGCCACGACGGCCAUUCAAAUAGCCCUCCUCGCGCUGCUCCGUGCGCAAGGGGUCCGACCGCGCGCCGUGGUAGGCCACUCAAGUGGCGAGAUUGCUGCAGCAUGCGCAGCGGGGCAUCUGUCGCACUCGACGGCCAUUAAGGUGGCCUUCCACCGCGGCUGUAUGGCCGCUGCUGUCAAGACCAAAGGCCUGGGCCCUGGCGCUAUGCUGUCAGUUGGGCUCAGCGAGGACGAGGCCGCUAGAUACGUCAAGGGCCUGGCCCUAGGCAAUGCUAUGAUUGCAUGUAUCAACAGUCCUCGUAGUGUGACCAUUUCAGGAGAUGCCGAUGCCGUUAAUGAAGUGGACGAGCGUAUUGCUGCGGUUGACGACAAUAUAUUCCGUCGCAAGCUGCUCGUCAACACCGCAUACCACUCACACCACAUGCGCGCUGUUGCUGACGACUACCGUGCGCGUCUCGGUGUCUUGCGCGUCGAGAACAGGGCUGCUGUUGCUGAUGAGGAAGUCGCCUUCUUCUCCUCCGUCACCGGCCAGCUCAAAACAUCUGGCUUCGGCGCAGAAUACUGGAUCGCCAAUUUCGUUUCUCCAGUUCGCUUCCGCGACGCUGCCCAAGCUCUCGGCAAGGCGCGCCAUCAAGCUGGCCAGCAGACUUUGUUCGUCGAGAUCGGUCCACAUGCUGCGCUGGCAGGGCCAGUCCGACAGUGCCUCCAGCACCCAGACAUGCCCAAAUCUCCCUUCGUCUACCAUGCGCCCCUGCAGCGCAAGGUGAGUGCGGUUGUCAGCACAUUGACCUUAGCUGGCAAGCUGCUUGAACUUGGCGUUCGGAUUCACUGGAACGCUGUGUCAGCAAUGGUGCCUGGCGCAGAUACGGCUAUGGUGCGACACGAUCUGCCCGCCUAUCGGUGGGAUCACUCGACGAAGCACUGGCACGAGUCACGCGUGGCGCGGGCGUAUCGCCUGCGCGAAGAACCAUAUCACGACCUGCUGGGCGUGCCGGUGCUUGAUGCAACCGACAUCGAACCGCGGUGGCGCCAUUUCCUCAGUCACGCGGUCAUGCCGUGGCUGGCGGACCACGUGGUCGACGGGCUGACUGUCUUCCCAGGCGCAGGCUAUGUCUGUAUGGCGAUUGAGGGAGUUGCACAGCUCGCGCGUCGGCGCUACCUGCAGCGGCCACUCGAGAUGGUGGCCCUCCAUGACGUCUCGUUUAAGCGCGGACUAGUUGUGCCCGACACGCACCGGGUCGAGCUGCAAUUGAGUCUGAGGCCACAGUACCGUUCUGACCUUGCUUUCUAUUUCAGCAUCACAGCGCUCUCGGACAGCGGCGAGUGGUAUGAACAUGCCAUUGGUGUGGUCGAGGGGGUGCUGAGCGAGGACGAUGUCAAGACUGAGACAACAAAAGAGGCGUUGCCUAAGCUUCCACUCGGCAGCGACACUGUGCCGAAAGACACUCUCUACCGCCAAAUGGAUGCUGUCGGCAAUACCUAUGGCCCGGCGUUCGCCGGUCUCCAUUCCAUCACCAUGGCAGCCGAUGCGUCGCAGGCUUCGUCCUCGUUUGAGAUCCUCGAUAUCCAGGCUUCGAUGCCCGCCAAGCACCAACGUCCGCACGUCAUUCAUCCAUCCACCCUCGACAUUGUGUUCCAGACGGCGUUGCCGCUCGUAGGCCGGCGUCUAGGCCCUGGAUCCAUCAUGCCAGUGCAUGUCGACGAGCUACUGAUCGCCGCUACUCCUUCGCUACAAACACCCGGUUCCGGGCUCGAUAUCUCAACACUGCUCACAUCUAGUCACUUCCGUACUGCCGUUUCUGAUAUUUCUGCCUUGGCGAGCGGCCAGCGGGUGCUGUCUGUCUCAGGGAUGGAGUUCAGAAGUCUGGGAUCACAUCCGCGAGGGGCCAAAGAUACUGCGGGCACGGUCAACCGUACGCGUGAAAUAUGUUACGAGCUUGAUUGGCAAACCGGCAUCGACUAUGUGCGUGCUGAGGACUUGCCAGCAAACCUAGCCCUGACCGAUCUCAUCGCGCAAAUCACCUUCAGACGUCAUGGUCAGUCAGUCAUCGGGCUGGGCGUCAGCGUGGACCUGUCCGAAGAGUUCCUGAAUGCUGUUCAAACUCAUAACAAGGUAAAUUCACAUGACUUUGUUGACAUUACGCCAGGCCGCUUCGACGAUGCCGCUGAGCGCCUCAAGGGACUUCCGGUGCAGUUCCGCACCCUCCGGCCCGGCACCAAUCCCGUCGUGCGCGGCUUCGAGACUGGUACAUAUGAUGUCGUGCUGGCUGCGUCUGCCAACUGGCUUAAUCAGGCCGCCGUGCUCGUCAAACCAGGUGGCACCAUAAUACUUGUGUUGAGCGGACGCAACUCCAAGGAUAGUGCAUGGCGCGCCACUCUGCAGCGGACACCUACUCCGCUAGAAGAGCAGCUGACUUUUCGUGACAACAGCCAGGACAGGUUGAUCGUCAUGGCGAAACCUGCCAGCAUACAUCUCCCGGCCAAGAUCCACAUUCUCACUCACUCAACAUGCAAUACUCCAGCUUGGGUCUCCGCAGUCGAGAAUGGGCUCCGCGCCCGCAACGUCAAUGUCUUGCUCGACACGCUGAGCUCCAGCACCGUCCAGUGCCUGCUCAGCAGAGGAGCAAUAGGAAGGAGCAGCAACGACACAGUCAUUGUCGCGGAUGAUGUGCCCAACCUGCCGAUCCUCACUGACGCCAACACUUUCAACGCCGCCAUCACCUUGCUGAGGCAGCCAGCGCGUCUUGUGUGGCUCAGCCCGGAUGACCCAGCCCCCUUCCACCAGAUCGAGGGCGUCGCACGCACGGCCCACGCUGAAAAUGACGAUCUGCGUCUCACUACCAUCCAUGCCGCUUCGGGCUUGCUUACAAAUAGGAGCGGUCACGAGCGUUUGGUCGACCUCGUCGUUGGUGCAAUUAGUCAGGCAGCGGAUCCCAACAUGCCGCAUACAGAGCGUGAGUACCGCAUCCGCGAGAAUGGCGCCGUGCUGGUCCCACGCUUGCACUACAGCGACAAACUCAAUCGUGCCAUCGCCGACGACGGUGAUUCUGGACCCGAAACGGAAGGCCAUUACUUCACGGAUAGCCAACGGCCCUUGGUGCUUUCGUCUGAAGGUAAAGCGCUUUUUGUCGACGAUGACAAGGUCUAUGCUACACUCCCGGCAGACGAUAUAAUCGACGUGGAGGUCCAGGCUGCCGUGCUCUCCAAGGCCGGUUCAGCUGCUCCCAUGGGUGAAUAUGCAGGCGUUGUUGCACGCGUUGGCGCCAAUGUCAAGACUCUGGACCUGGGUGAUCGCGUUGUCGCUCUGGCUCCCAUCGUGGGCGCCAGUCGAUUGCGCAUUCCACACACUAACGCUGGUCGCAUCCCAUUCAACAUGCCAUCCACCACCGCAUCCGCACUUCUGCUCAGUGCCAUGGCCGCUGCUUAUGCCCUUCGUGGAGUGGCUCGCCUGCUCUCGAGUGGGGGCACCGUAUUGGUGCAUGGAGCCCGCACUCCCGCUGGGCGAGCUGCCAUUGCCCUUGCCCGAUACAUCGACGUCCGUGUUGCUGUCACCGCUGCUGACCCGGCCGAGGCUCGCUUGCUGAAGGAACAAGUUGGCAUCGAUGCUCCUGAUGUGCUCGUAGCCCGUCGUUCGCUCCACCGUCGCUCAGCGCGCGAUAUCUUCGCCGAUGGAUUCGAUGCAGUCAUCCAGGCCGGUGAGGAUGCCCUCCCAGCUGAAGCGCUGGCACACAUCAAACCGUUCGGAAGCGUUAUCGUAGUAGGCCACUCAUCAUCUGCCGUAGUGACGCCAAAACUGCCGCUUAAUGUGGCCUUCCAUUUGGUCGACAUUACCAGUCUCGUGCAGGCCCGUCCCGACCUGACGCCCACCCUUGUCGCCGAAGCGACAGCUGCGCUCAAGCACGUUCCGCUGUCUGGGCUUGAAAUCCCCGUUCGUGAUGUCGCUGAGGUCGCUGAGGCCCUCCGGCUGAUCAACACUGGUGUCCUUGGAAAGGUUGCGCUACAGGUCGGUUCUGACUCAAUCGUACAGGUCAUCCCGGCCGCCAAACCCGAUACCUGGGCCAAUGAAAACGCCACAUAUGUUAUUGCAGGUGGUCUGGGCGACAUUGGGCAGAGGUUCCUGGUCCAAAUGGCGCAGCGCGGCGCCAAACAUCUGGCCACGAUUUCGCGCCGCACUGUUGACCCAGACAGCCAACAUGCGUUGCAAAUCAAGUUGGAAGCUAUCCGGCCGGGCAUCCGUCUGUACAUCCUCAAGGGCGACGUAUCAUCUGAGCGCAGCGUGCAGGCGGCCGCUGCCACGCUUUCUCACCUGGGUGCGCCUCCAGUGCGUGGUGUUAUCCAGGCAGCUACUUUCAUGAAUGAUCGGCCCCUCGAAUUGACCACGUACGACGACUUCACAAGCGUGACCAAGAUCAAGGUCGACGGCACGCUCGCUCUCCACCGCGCCUUUGCAUCUUCAGAACUGACCUUCUUCCUUUCGCUGUCCUCGGUCUCCAGCAUCGUCGGUGCCAGCGCCGAGGCCAGCUACAAUGCCGGAAACGCGCUGCAGGAUGCCCUCGCGCACCAGGGAAAACAACACUCAGGGAAGACCCGUUUCUUAACCAUCAACUUUGGCUGGAUCGACGACGCCGUCCUGACCAUGAACGACGAGACACGCCAAGGAGCCUUGCGCCGUGCUGGUUUUAGCCUCUUCAGCGCUAGGGAGCUGACGCGCUUCUUCGACUACAUCCUCGGUGCUGCCACAGACCCCAAUUCCAGCCUCUCCCAGGCCAUCAUCGGCUUCGACACCGAGUCCCUGGCCAGUGCGACCGCUUACAACGGCACCAUCCACUCAGCAUUGUUCAGCCAGGUACGCGACCUUCGGCGCGAUAUCGGGGUCACCCCUGUCGAAGAAGGCUCGGGUGUGGAGGCUUCAGCAGGUAGUUGGCAGACAUUCGAACAGAUGAUCAGCGACGGCAACACAGAGGCGGUGACCGACUUUAUUUCGUGCGCCGUGAGGGCGCAGCUAGCGCGGCUGAUCUCGGUGGAUGCGGGCAGCAUUGACGCCCACCAAGGCUCAAUCAUGGCACUGGGUCUGGACUCGCUGGUUGCUGUCGAGCUACGGAACUGGGUCAUGCGCCAAUUCGACGCGCCGCUACAGUCUACGGAGAUCCUAGCGAACCAGACGGUACACACAUUGGCUGAGAAGAUCGCGACGCGAUCUAAGAAGGUGAAGUGUGUUGCGGCUUGA